AUGAGCCAUAGCCCAAUGUUGUUGUCUACGCGUGAUGCACAACGUGAAAGACGAGCAUCACACAUUUUUUCAUCAACUUCUGUAGCUGAAAGAUUAAAUCUAGCUGGUAUAGACAAUGCUAGUUUUCGAGCAGAUUCAAUAUCCGAUCUUCAUGGAUCUCCUACGUUAUCACGAAGACAAACACAGUCCCAUAUUCAAACACAACCAUCAGACACGGUGAUAGAUGCUUCAGCAGACGAAGAAACAACUAAUAAUGUAAACCAAGUGAUACCUACACAGAAAACAAAAUAUCAGUGGAAAAUGAGUCACUAUUUUUACAUUCACGUAUGCUUCUUCAUUUUAAAUGGAUUAUUCGGUGGUUUAGUAGUUUGGCUUAUUGAGAAUCAUUCUUCUUCACGAAAUGUAGAAAUGACAGUACAUUAUAUUGAUGCUUGGUUUGUUAGUAGUUCAUGUGUAUAUAGUUGUGGUUUAACAACAAUUGAUUUUGCAAAACUUUCACGUGCUUCUCAAGUUAUUCUUAUGGGCUUUACAUUUAUAUCAGGUGUUACAAUAAGUACAUUACCAGCAUUACUUGUUAAAGCUCGUACACACAAACGAGUUGAAGGAAUAACUGUCGAUGAUGAUCAUUAUGACGUUGAAGAAAGUAAUAAUGAUGAAUUACCAACAUUUAAUACUCGACGUGAAAGAAAUCUACCAGAAGAUGCUCGAAAUCGACUAGCAACAUUGCCAACUGUGUCACAACUUCGCUAUCGUGCUUAUAUAACUUGUAUUUUUCUUAUUCUUGGCACUUAUUUUACUAUUUAUACUAUAAUAUUCAUUGCUAUUGGUAGUUGGAUAACAGCAAAAUAUACACCCGACCAACUACUACAAGGAAAUUCUACUGUGAAUCCAUGGUAUAUUUCAUUUAUUGUUACACUAACAGGUUUUAAUCAGAAUGGUUUAACACCUUUCUCAGAUGGUUUUGCACGUUUUAUUCACGAUGUUUAUCUCAAUUUAUUUGCUAUGAUUAUAGUUAUGAGUGGCACAUCACUUUUUCCUGUUAUAUUACGAAAUGUAGUUUUGCUGGUACGUGUUUUUUCUCCAUGGCGUCAUAAAGUUGUUUUCGAUUAUAUUCUUAUGAAUAAUCAUCGUUUAUCUACUUUACUCUUUCCUGCUUUACAAACGCGUAUUUAUUUGAUGGUAACAAUUUUAUUAUAUAUAUUAGGUAUUAGUAUAUCAUUGAUCUUGGAUUUACACAGUAAAAACCUUGCUCAAUAUCCGCCAGGUACACGUUUUCUUAUAUUUCUUUUUCAUACUGUUAAUACGCGUUUUGCUGGGUUCCAAUCGUUGGAUAUCAGUUUAUUUGCGACAGCCACAUUAGUAGUUUAUCUGUUACUAAUGGCAACUAAACCACAAAUGUUAUGUGCACUUGAUGAAUCUCCGCUAGAAUUGUCUUGGCUAGCAUUACAAGCUAGAGAGGAAGCUAAUGCUGAAUCAACGUCUAUAGAAAAUGGAAAUAGUUCUUCAGGUAUACAAACACGUAAUAAUCGAGCAGGAUCGACUGCGUCCUUGUCAACAAAUGCUGGUCUACCUAUACGACAAAUGCACCGUUUUCUACGUCGACAAAGUUUAGUGACGAGAGGUCUUGCACGACAGCAUUUCGUUCGUGCAGAAUCAUUAGGUGAGGAAAAUUAUACACCUCCACGAUUAAGAUAUUUACGUAUUCGUUUAUUUCUUAUCUAUUUUACAAGAUCUAUUAUAAAACAUACGUUUAGUUUUGUUAUAUUAACACGUACUUGGUUAUUUUUUUUUAUUUUUCUUAUCUGUGCUUUUGAAUAUCGUCAAAUGGCACCCGUUGAUCCUAAUAUAACUGUAUUUAAAAUCAUUUUUGAAAUAAUAUCAGCAUUUGGAGGUGUUGGAUUAACACUUGGAUAUCCAAAUGUAUAUUCGAGUUUUGCUUCUGUUCUUUCACCAGCCAGUAAAACUAUACUUGUGAUAACAAUGUUAAUGGGUCGACAUCGUGGUUUACUUGCUUCAAUGAAAGAUCAAGAAGCUAUUGAAUACAGUGCUGCUGAUUUACUUAGUCAUCGACGUGAAGAAGUUAUAAAUCAAUAUCAAAGAACAACAUCCAAUACAAAUGUUCUUCGCGAGACGAGAUCUCCACAACUAACUACGCGAUUUUAA